CACUCCACACCGUGGGAUAUUCGACACCACGCACUUCCGCAUUCGCUGUGACCAGGGCGAGAUGAACCGCCGCCGCCACCGCCGCCGCCGCCCACGCUCGCCGCCGGCGCCGCUCGAGAACGACGACCUCCUCUCGGAGAUCCUCCUCCGCCUCGCCCCUCUGCCGUCCUCACUCCCUUGCGCCUCCGCCGUCUGCAAGCAAUGGCGCCGCCUCGUCUCCGACCCCCGCUUCCUCCGCCGCUUCCGCAUCCACCACAGCCGCAGCCCUCCCCUCCUCGGUUUCUUCGGAGAACAUUACUUCGAGCCUACGAUGGAUCCCCCCAAUCGUAUUCCUACCCCGGAUGACAGCUUCUACUCGUUCCUCGGCGAGGACGACGGCGUCGGCCACUUCCAACUCUUCGGAUCCCGCCAUGGCCUCGUGCUUAUCUUCGACAGAUCGCGGAACCAGGUCCUGGUACUGGACCCCUUCAAUGGCGAUAGGCACCGCAUCGCCGUUCCGCCCGAUUUCGAUGAGGGAGACCUCGAUCGGCGGGGCUGUGUCUCGCGCCGCCGGAGACGGACAGCACUUCCAAGUGGUCUUGGUAACCACACAGGUAUACGAGCAAGGAGAUACAGCGAUCGCCCGUGUUUACUCGUCGGGGACUGGCGGAUGGGGUGCUCUCAUCUCAUUACUGCUUCCACCCAAGCAUCGCACUUCCGUGAUUUGUACGGGAUUUCCCAGUAUCCUAGUUGGGCAUUCCCUGUACUGGUUGCUCUCUGACAUGAAAGUUAAGGAAAGAUCGGAUGGCAUCCUUGAGUUUGAUUUGGAGAGGCAGGUCCUAUCCCUGUUACCAGUGCCGGUGGAUGCCAUUCCUACCAAACUCCAGCUUAUGCGGGCAGUGGGUGGUGGCCUUGGUAUUUUCUUUCUGUCAAAAUUCAGCGUCCAAUUAUGGAAGAUGGAGACCGAUUCUGAUGGUGUUCCUUCAUGGGUGCUAGCAAGAACUGUUGAACUGGAUAAGCUAUUUCUCUUGAGUUCACGGAAGAAGAAGAGAGAGCCCCUAUGCAUAAAGGGGUUUGCUGAGUACAAUAGUGUGGUGUUCCUACGGACACCUACCGACCUCUUCACGAUCCAGCUUGAGUCGCUGAAGUUCAAGAAAGUUUCCAGAACCAACUUCGCGGCUCGCUAUCAUCCGUUCGAAAGCAUCUAUGUUGCAGGCAUGGGCAUUGGUGGUGGACAUGAUGGAGCUGAAAUUUUGCACAAUACAUAACAUGAUUGGUUCAGAUGGAUAUGCUAUCGUGAUGUAUUAAUUGAGUAUCUGGAGAUGCGGAAAUGGCUUGUGAUCGAGGCGUAGGUUCUUCCAUUCCGUGUGGCUGAGAUGCAUAAAUGGCUUGUUGGGGGUGCCCAUUUUGUGUCGACCCUCUUCGUACUAUGUGGUACACACCGGUGAACUGUGCGGUCGACUUGUAGGAAUUUAACCGCAUAGUUUGCUGACCAGCGCCUACCAUGUCGAACUUUUAUCUGGUCCUGUCUACUGAAUGUUGAAUGUUGAGCUGCAACUGCCUGCCUGAGGGAGUAUUUCACGAGUUAGCUUUCUCAUUACUCCGGUGAAAAAAGUUGGGCCUCUGGUAUGAAUAAAUAAGAUGAUCUGUUCUGCGUUGCAAGUUGCUGUCAAGCCGGCGGUGUCACUUGUUCACUGUCGUCUGAGAAGUGUGCGUCCUUCAUUAAUGAAGUCAUGAUUCAGCCCUAUGUUGCCCGACCGGCUGCUCGAAGCUCACGUUCAGAGCUGCGCCGACAAACUGCACAAGAGGUCGCCACUGGCUAACACCUAACAACAAGAACGCAUAAUCUGCAUAUUUCAUAUGGGCAGUACAAGACUUGAGAAAGGAAAAGUUUGGUGGUUAAUCAUGUCUUGUGUAUUUACAAAGGUUCAGCUUGCUAUAGUGUCUAGUUUCAGUUAGUUAGCAGCCAUGGAUUUCAGUCUUGUGUUUGCAGGCGAUUUGGCAACCCAGAGCUCAAAGCGCAGAGUCUAACAACAAACAAGCAGACCGUCAGCAGUUUUCUUAAAAAAAAGGUUCUGAUCGAUAGGUGUUUAUUCCCCAGAAACUUCAUAGGUCUCAGAAUAGUGUUGCAGAUUGUCUAGCAAAGUAUAGUCGCUCUGAGUGAGCUACGGCCGU